AUGGGCUCGCUUCCCAUAUUGGUGAGGCAGAAUGACGCGCGACCUGUACCUGCGAGAGAAGCGCCGGCCGGGCACGCGACCUUAGGGGACGGAUGAUGGGGAUGCGGAUACCAUGGCAACAGGCCGGUUAGAGACAGACCUUUACGUGCACAUUUAUUUAUUUAUUAUUUCCCUCGCAUCCUCGUCGGUCGCGCCUCGUGUGUCGAGCCGGAGCGAAAAGUGGAUUUCAGACUGGACCCGGACUUCAUCGGUUCAACAAGUGCUUGUUUCCGGAUUCACGCCAGCGCUCCGUUUCACCUUGGAGCAGAACGUGCUGUUUGGUCCGGAGCCCGUGUGUUUAAGGGGAAGGAGCGCGGCCGCGUCGUUUUACCGAGCGCAAUGUCACUGAAAGUCAGAAGAAGUGGGAAUACGCGGCAGCGACGGUCGAGGGGACAACGGAUGAUUUCCGGAUUCAGACUUUAAACACCUGAAGUUAAUUCGGGCGUCAGCUGAACGCGCCGUCGUAGCGGCGCGCGGUCGGAUGCUUGUUUGAGCGCUUCGGUCACGGCCAGUCUUCCGUCGCGACCAGGUUCUUUUUCCCACUCGGAUGCUGACAGUGAGACCGCGCCGCGGAUCCCGGGGAAACGUGGGCUAAAUUCUGGGCGAUUGGACUCGGCUCUGUCGCCUUGUGCGUGCCCGUCCGCCCGUUUUGCCGCGUGCGUGUUCGUGGACGCUGGUAAGUGCGCGUGUCUGAAUGAAUCGGUGCGCUUUGGAGUGUGAGCGCCUGUGAAUGCCUAUUAUGCGCGUAAUGUGCAUUAACAGUCCGUCCCUCCCAACAGAGGAUCAAGUGUCCUUGUCAUUCAUCCGCCGAUGAAUGGAGCCCACCUCGGCGCUCAGAUCUGCCCUUACAUAAUGUUUUAUGUUGGAAAUAGCUAAAUUGUGUGAGCCGGACGUAUAGGAAGACACAGAGAGGACACCGACGGCCAAUGAGCGCCGAGCGCCGUUAUCUGCGAGAGACCGGGGAUCCGGUGGCAAUAUGACCGGCGUCGGAGCGCUGAGCGCGGCUGUGGAGGGGAGAGGGAGGGCCUCGGGCGGAGCGCAGCGUUUCAAGGACGAGGAAGGAGCAACGGCACGGAAACAUCUGCGCGCGUGAGCGCGGACACGACGGGCGGAGAGGGGAGGAAGCGCGAGGCUGCCGGCGUCACGCUGUCAGGGGGAAGGAUUCGGCGUCUGCAUGGGGCUUUUUCCAAGGGCACGGAGGUAAGGAUGGCCACAGCGGUGGAGCGCGAGCCAGGGUGCGAGCUGUCGACUCCAGGGAAAUGACUAGAGACACGGGGGACACUUCUCUCUAGCUGCUUCACAUUCACCACCCAGACUGACAUUGACGUAAACGCUUACAUUCACCCCCCCCCCCCCCCCCCCCCCCCCCUGGCUUGGGAUGGACGGGGUGGCUGGAGGCGUGGGCGCCCCCGGCAGCACCGCGGGGUCGGGGGGCGACAGCCUGCCCCGACGCAACGGCGGGGACCUGAAGCGGCGCAGUAAGGGCAGCCUGCCCUCCCCCGGGUACCGGCUGUCCCAGGCCUCGCUGGAGGGAGAGCGGGGCUCCUACGGGGCGGACAGCGCCUCGUCAGGCGGACGCGGGCGCCGCCUCUCCAUCAUGAGCUCCACCACAAGGGACGGCCUCGCCUUCCGCGCGGCGGGCACGCCGACCACCCCGGUGCCCCUCCCCCUCCCGCCGCCCGCCUCCGCCUCAGCCCACCCUCCCCCGCGCUCCGUGGGAUUCGCCGCCUCGCGAGCCGCCCUGGCCUCCACCUCCUCCACCGGCACCGGGGUCAUGGUGGUGGCCACCGGCCCCGAGACCACCACCACCACGGCCUGCAACACCACGGCAGGGACCCCCGAGCUGGUGGGCCAGUCCGGGCUGGGCGGGUUCGGCGUGGGGCUGGACGGAGAGGACUACAGCACGUCCAACCAGAGCACGUUCAUACAGAGACAGUUCGGAGCCAUGCUUCAGCCGGGAGUCAACAAGUUCAGCCUGCGCAUGUUUGGAUCCCACAAGGCCGUGGCCCUGGAGCAGGAGCGACUGAAAUCAGCAGGCGUGUGGAUCAUCCACCCCUACAGCGACUUCAGAUUCUACUGGGACCUGCUGAUGCUCCUGCUGAUGAUGGGGAACCUGAUCGUCCUGCCAGUGGGCAUCACUUUCUUCAGAUACGAGAACACGCCCUCGUGGAUCAUCUUCAACGUGGUCUCAGACACGCUCUUCAUGGUCGACCUGGUUCUCAACUUCCGGACCGGUAUCGUCAAGGAGGACAGCACCGAGAUAUUACUGGACCCCAGGGCCAUUCGCCAGAACUAUCUGAGGAGCUGGUUCCUCGUGGACUUCGUGUCGUCCAUUCCGGUGGACUACAUCUUCCUGAUGGUGGACAGUCUGGACUCUGAGGUGUACAGGACGGCGAGGGCGCUGCGCAUCGUCCGGUUCACCAAAAUCCUGAGCCUGCUGCGUCUGCUCCGUCUGUCCAGGCUCAUCCGUUACAUCCACCAGUGGGAGGAGAUCUUCCACAUGACCUACGACCUCGCCAGUGCCAUGGUGAGGAUCGUGAACCUGAUCGGAAUGAUGCUGCUUCUGUGCCACUGGGACGGUUGCCUCCAGUUCCUGGUCCCCAUGCUGCAGGACUUCCCUCCUGACUGCUGGGUUUCCAAGAACGUGAUGGUGAAUGACACGUGGGGCGUGCAGUACUCCUAUGCCCUGUUCAAAGCCAUGAGCCACAUGCUGUGCAUUGGCUACGGCGCCCAGGCUCCGGAGGGGAUGACCGACGUGUGGCUCACCAUGCUCAGCAUGAUCGUGGGCGCCACCUGCUACGCCAUGUUCAUCGGCCACGCCACCGCUCUCAUCCAGUCGCUGGACUCCUCGCGGCGCCAGUACCAGGAGAAGUACAAGCAGGUGGAGCAGUACAUGUCGUUCCACAAGCUCCCUGCUGACGUUCGGCAGAAGAUCCACGAGUACUACGAGCACCGCUUCCAGGGCAAAAUGUUCGACGAGGAGAGCAUCCUGGGAGAGCUCAGCGAGCCGCUGAAGGAGGAGAUCGUCAGCUUCAACUGCCGCAGCCUGGUCGCCAACAUGCCGCUGUUCGCCAACGCCGACCCCAACUUCGUGACCGCCGUGCUGACCAAGCUGAGGUUCGAGGUGUUCCAGCCCCUGGACUUCAUCAUUCGCGAGGGGACGGUCGGCCGGAAGAUGUACUUCAUCCAGCACGGGCGCGUCAGCGUGCUGACCCGCGGGAACAAGGAGACCAAGCUGAGCGACGGCUCCUACUUCGGAGAGAUCUGCCUGCUGACCCGCGGGCGGAGGACAGCCAGCGUCCGCUCGGACACGUACUGCCGCCUGUACUCCCUCAGCGUGGACAGCUUCAACGAGGUGCUGGAGGAGCAUCCCAUGAUGCGUCGUGCCUUUGAAACCGUGGCCGUGGACAGACUGGAUCGCAUUGGCAGGAAGAACUCCAUGCUCCUGCGGAAGUCGUCGCAGGGCGGCUCCCUGGGGGGCAGCAUGGGCCGCGGCGGCGGCGGCGGUGGCGGCCGCGGCGCCGGGGGUCCGGGCGGCGGCCUGGCGGCGGGCGGCCUCGGGUCCUGCGACAGCAUCCUGGUGCAGCAGAUCGUCAAGCACGACAGCAUGCCGGCCAUGCAGGACGCCAUCGCCGCCGCCGCCGCCGGCCGCGGCGUCAUCGGCGGCAGCGGCACCGUGUCCCCGCGGCCGCGGCCCGUCAUCUGGGCGCCGCUGGUCCACGCGCCGCUGCAGACGGCGGCGGCCACCAGCAACGUGGCCAUCGCCCUCAUGCACCAGCAGCAGCAGCAGCAGCAGCAGCAGCUGCAGCAGCUGCAGCAGCAGCAUGCGCUCGGGGGGGCCUUCUUCCUGCCCUCCCCUCUGGUGUCGCCCUCGCCCUCCUCCACCUUCCCCCUGUCUCCCCCCCGCCCCCCCGUGCUGCAGCCGCUCCGGCCCUCCGUGAGCUCCCUCAUCGGGAUGAUGGCGAUGGGGGGCAUGAGCGGCCUGUCCCCCAGAGGCUUCCCCCUCUCCCCCUCCGCUCUGGGCCCCCCAGGUCUGAUCGCGGCGCCGCCCAUCCCCAAGACCCCGUCCGCUCCGGCCGCCUCCGUCCCGACGUCUGCGCCGCAGGGGAGGACCCUUCACUACGGCCUCCGCCUUCAGGCCGACCAGCCUUCGGUGAUCGCCGGGCCGCCGACUCCGCCCGUCCACAAGGCCUCCAACCCGGAGGCGCCGGCGGCGGCCCAGCAGGGGGCGAAGGAGGCCCUGCUGCGCCACGGCGGCAGCAGCUGCCAGGGGCUGCCGGCGCUGGGCCGGCUCACGCAGGAGGCCCGGCUGCUGUCGGCCUCGCAGCCCACGCUGCCCCACCGCUCGUGGGUGGCGGUGCAGCCCCACCCGCCUCUGCACCGCAAGGCGUCGGGCGGCAACCUGCUGGCGGCGCCGUUCCUGGCCGGGCCGCUGGCCCGCGGCGGCAGCGCCGGCAUCCUGACCUCCAACACGCCGGCGCAGCUGCUGGCGAGCGUGCCGUUCGCCGCCGCCGUUCUGCCUCACGCCGCCGCUGGCCCCGCCCCCACGGGCGCUCACCCGCCUCCCGCGGCCGCCGUCCCGUCGUCCUCCCCCCCGAAGCAAACGCCGCUCUCCUCGGCCUCACCCACCCCCUCGUCGCCGACCCCCAUCCACCCCCAAACGCCUCGCCCCAAGCCGAUCCCGAUGACCCCGUCGGGCUCCCCCUCUCCUCCCCCCUGCUUGACUCCGCCCUCAGCGGGAACUAGUCCGCUGUCUCUCUCGUCCACUCCCCGUCCCAAACCGAGCCCCACGCCCUCUCCCCGGUCCAGCUCUCCGUCUCCCUCCUCCACACCCCCUCCGUCCUCCGUCUCCACCCCUGUUCCGCUUCCUCAGACGUAUGGGGCCAAGUCGCUGCUCAUCUCCUCCUCCCCCCCCUCCUCCUUGGUCUCCUCUUCCCCGCCUCACCCCCAGAGCCCCAGAGCCAAGCUGUCCAGCACCCCUCCGUCCGCUUCUCUGCUGUCUGGUCCCCUAAUCUCUCCGGUCACGGCUCCCACCCAAACCACCCGCACACGCACGCCCACUCCUCAGACCCCCGCACAAGCCUUCACACCCACCAGCCCCAUUCCGUCAUCCUCCCCCAUCCCCGUUACACCUGUCCCCUCUAUGAGUAAGACCCUGAAUACGACCCCCUGCCUCCAACCCUGUGUCUCAAGCAAAGCCGGGGUCCCCGGUCCAAAACAGGCCUCACCUCUAACGCCGGCCCAGACCCAGGCAGCUCCCCCCCAAGCUCCCCCCAGCACUGGCUCCCCCACUAAAGUCACGUUCUCCGUUCAUCCUGUGAAACAAGCCUCCCUGGUCCCUUCGUCGAGCACCACCCCCGGCACUAGUCGUUCCGCCAAAACAACCUCUUCCUCCACUUUAUGCCCAAACGCCCCCUCCUCCCCAGCACCCACCACUCCGCCCGCCCAGCAAGCGAACGCCGCCACCCCGGCCGGCACCACCUCUCCCGUCGCUGGGAAAAAAGACCCUCAGCUAGGCCUCGCCAGAAAAGACUCUGAGGGGCUGAGACACAAACUGCCGGCCAACAUGUGAGAAGGAGGAAGAGGAGGAAAAUCUCAAAAUAUGCUGGACUUUGUAUCAUGGCCAUGCUGAAUAACAGGCAUGGACACAAGGAGUCGUGUGUGAGGCGUUCAGGGACCUCACGUGCCCGGGUUCAUCUCGUUUGCAUUCACUCUAGGAUGUGAUUGUUUUAGAACAUGUGGUGUUCGUGCGACACUCAACCGAGCCAUCGAUGGAGGAGAAAGACUUUCUCUGGGCCGAGGUGGAGCGAUCGGGAGGUCAUCCAAACGUAUACGCGCAUAUCUGUGUUAGUGAUUGUCGGAGCAAGCAGGGGAGCUGAGGCGGAACGCGUCACGGGAUGAUGGAAUAAAAGUAACGGCUGUGCAUUACCAACAAUUAUGCGUUGAAAAUGUGUAAAAAGAGCAAUACACGAGAAACAUCUGAGGAUUCAGGACGUAACCUGCGAUGCUGAUGAAUGCGAUAAAGUGUGUGGGUCAACAAUGAACGCAGGCUCUCCAGGGUUUCCAGCUCCACCUCCCACUUGCUUCCCAUUCUUCACCAAAGUGUAAUAUUUUCUCAUCAGAAUAACAACUAUUAUAACAAUAUAGUGUUUAAAACUCACUGUAAAGUCGAUACGCAGAUGAAUUUGAAGAACUAGGAGCAGUUCGCUGGUAGUUUUGUCCCAGGUGUGUGGUGUUUAGUUUUUGGAGCAGACCGUUCGGACCUGGUAGCCGGCCUGUGUUUGACGCUGCUCUGCUGUGGUUCCGUGCCGCUGCUGUAAAUACGAGCCUCCCCGUGAGUCUGUUGUGCUGCUUCCCCGCUGCUCUGCCUCUUUGUCGUUUCAUCUCCGGUCUGUCCCCGCCGCCUUUCAUCUGCGUUCGCAGCCAGCUCUCGUCGCUAACUGCCCCCCGCAGCCCCCCCCCCCCUCGGUUUGCCCCACACUUUGCUCUCUGCUUCCGUCGCCCUCGCGCCCCUUCUUCUGACGCCCCGCGUCACUUUCAGCACCGUUUCCAUGACACGUUUGAUGUUUUGUGUAGCAACAAGACAUUUCUGUCUUAACCCUUGAUACCAUGUUGCCUAGACAAGAUAUUUAAGGACCAAAUGUUUUAUUUUUUAUUUAUCACAGCUUUAGCUUUUGAACACAAGACGAAUAGCUAAUAAUGCUGCCAAAAUGAGAGUGGGGCGUCAGAUAUUUAUGAUUAUGAUGAGGAUGGUGAUAUUGAUAUUCUUGACCAUCAUGACAGUGAUGAAAAUGAUGAUGGUGUAUAUCUGGAUGCAAGAAUAAAGUGAAUUUAGAUACCA